GCCCGAGGACUUGAGGCGCGAGUUUGGUCGCUAUGGCCCCAUCGUAGAUGUGUACAUUCCGCUUGACUACUACACGCGGCGGCCACGCGGAUUCGCUUACGUGCAGUUUGAGGAUGUCCGUGACGCCGAGGACGCCAUGUACAACCUGGACCGCAAGUGGGUGUGCGGGCGCCAGAUCGAGAUCCAGUUCGCAGAGGGAGACCGCAAAACCCCGAACCAGAUGAAGACGAAGGAGCGACGCCGCAGCUCCCCGCGCUACGACGAGCGGCGACGUCGCUCGCGCUCGCGCUCCUACUCACCACGGCGCCGCUCGCGCUCACCACGCUCACCACGCUCACCACGCUCGCCUCGCUCGCCACGCUCACCACGCUCGCCCGCACCCGCUCCACGCAGAGAGCGCGGCGCCGGCGGGGGGAGACGUCGCUCGUACUCGCCACGCAGGAAAUCUCGCAGUGAGACCCCCAAGAAACGGAGAGAGAGCGGCAGCCGCUCACCCGACAACAACAAGAAGCGGCAGUCGUCCUCCAAGUCUCGCUCACCGUCCCUCGACAAGCUGAAGAGUCGCUCACCCAGCCACGAACGUCCACGCACUCACCCUCGCGACUAAACGCUCGCCCGCACGCUCGCCCGCACGCUCACCCGCACGCUCACCCACACAUUCAUCCACACGCUUACCCACACGACUAGACGCUCGCCCACACGCUCACCCACACACAUUCACCCACACGCUCAAUAACCCUCGCCCGCACGCUCACCCCGACCUGGCCGCCACACUUCCGCAGGAGAGAGUUUAGCGGCCACGGCUGAGAUGAUGGGUCGCUGGCUGUGUGCGUAGCGUCAGCGGCUGUAGUUUGUAGUUUUUGUAGCGUCAGCUGUGAGUGAGGGUCUCUGUAGAGUUGUAGAAGCUGUGACGCCUGUUCUGUAGCUCUUCGUUUUUUUUUACUUUUCGAGUCUCGUCUUGGAGACACGGGGGG